AUGGCAAAGCACCAUCCCGAUCUUAUCUUCUGUCGGAAACAACCUGGCGUUUCUAUUGGCCGUCUUUGUGAAAAGUGUGACGGAAAAUGCGUGAUAUGUGACUCUUAUGUUCGUCCGUGCACACUCGUUAGAAUAUGUGACGAAUGUAAUUAUGGUUCCUAUCAAGGCCGUUGUGUCAUUUGUGGUGGUCCUGGAGUCUCGGAUGCUUACUACUGUAGACAGUGCACUAUCAUGGAAAAAGAUCGAGAUGGUUGUCCCAAAAUUGUCAAUCUAGGCAGCGCUAAAACGGAUUUGUUCUAUGAACGGAAAAAAUACGGGUUUAAGAAAAGAUGA